UGAGCUGAGUUACUGCAUUAGUGUCAGAGCUUCAAGGCUGUAUUUAGCGCCCAGGUGGGGAAGGGUCUGUGGUGUCCUCUGUGACAAGUAAAGUUGGUUGCCAUCCUGGUCCUCGACUGUUCCUGUCACACUCCAGACUCGAGGUGGCAGGUACAAGUGGGAUACAAGCUUCCCACCUCACCAACACUAUCCUAGGCACCUGGGAAUCCUGUAGCUACCUUCCUGUAUUUGGUGAAGUCUUGGAGACCCUGAUUUCAUCCUUGGGUGAUGACUGACCCCAGACAAGAGGAGCUGGGGAAAAAGUCUUGGCUUCCCCUUCCUCGUGCCAUGGCAGCUAAGAGUCAUAGACACAUCCCCUACCACCCUGGUGACUCAAGAGACCAACUAGAGUUAUGGAAACAGGAUAUGUACUCAGGUUCAGGGUGGACAGCUGGAGGGGGAGGGGUUCCUGGGUUCACCAAAUUCCAAUGCCCAGGUACUUCUGACCUGAAUAUAAGCAGCAGGCUCACAGACCUGGCCCAGGUGGCCCCUCCUGUCUAGACCAGAGGCUGAGGUGGGGGCUAUUGUCCCGUCAGAGAUGUCCUCUCCCUCCUGCCCCAAGGCCUGCCAACCCCUUUGUGGAAAGAAGUCAUUUAUGGAAGGCUGGGUUCCUCCAGUGAGGCCAAUCCCUCCCAGAAAAGCCCCUCCCUGCCCAUCCCCUGGUUGGGGCAGAACAUCCAUAGCCCCGCCUACCAUGGGGAGGCGGGGGCAAGAGCCUCCUGUAGGACCCAGAACUGGCAACCAGCUCGGCCCAGGCCAGCCAGCCGCAACCACCCAUGGGAAACAGCCAGUGUGUCCCUCAGGCCCCCAAGAGGCUGCGGGCCUCCUUUUCCAGAAAGCCCUCGCUGAAGGGAAAUAGAGAAGACAACUCCAGGAAGCUGGCUGGCUUGUUUGGUGUGGAGGCUGGCUCCGAUGGGGACACAGCGGCUGACAGGAUCUUCUACUACAUCCCUGGGACGGAUGUCUCAGGCCUGGAAAGCCGGCCAGAAGGUCUGGAGCAGCCAUUCCUGAGUGUCUUCAAGAAAGGCCGGCGGCGGAUACCUGUAAGGAACCUGGGCAAGGUCGUGCACUACGCCAAGGUCCAGCUGAGGUUCCAACACAGCCAGGAUGUCAGUGACUGUUUCCUGGAGCUGUUCCCCUCCCACCUCUACUUCCAAGCCCAUGGCUCUGAAGGCCUCACAUUCCAGGGGCUGUUACCACUAUCAGACCUGAGCAUCUGCCCACUUGAGGGGUCCAGAGAGCAUGCCUUACAGAUCACAGGCCCACUGCCUGCCCCCCUUCUUGUUCUCUGCCCCACCGAGGCUGAGCUCAGCAGCUGGCUGUACCAUCUGGAGAAGCAAAUGGCCCUGGUGGGGGGACUGCAGCACUGCCACACAGCACCCCCACAGGGACCCCUGAGGAAUGAGCUCCCCUGGACUCUGCAGUGCCCUCUGAACCCAAUGAGGAAGGCAACAGGGCGCAAACCACUGGGUGGCGCCAUCUGUGCCUCCAGGGUCAAACUACAGCACCUUCCCUCAAAGGAGCAGUGGGACCGGCUCUUGGUCCUGUACCCAGCAUCCCUGGCCAUCUUCUCUGAGGAGCCAGAUGGGCUCAGCUUUAAGGGGGAGCUGCCACUCAGUGCCAUCCACAUCAACCUGGAGGAAGAGGAGAAGCAGAUUCGCUCCUUCCUGAUAGAAGGCCACCUCAUCAACACCAUCCGAGUGGUAUGUGCCAGCUACGAAGACUACAGCCACUGGCUGAUCUGCCUUCGAACUGUCUCCCGCAGAGAUGGGGCAUCCUUGCUGCCCAGCCUCGAGAGCCCCCCAGGGCUGCAGGAGCCCACACGGGUUGUGGGUGGGGGCCGAGGUUCACUCUCAUCGGAUGGACGGACCAGCUGGGACUCAGGGUGCCCAGCACCAUCCUCUGCCUGCACCAGCCACUUUCUCCCUGAGUCCUUCAUGCCAUCCACUGUGGACUGUCCUGCCUGGCCUGCACCUGAUCAGACCAAUCCCAGCUGUGCCAGCGUUGAUCAACGGAGGGCAGAGCUGAGACGUGGUGGCAGCAGCCGGUCACCCAGGGGCAAGGCCCGAAGGGAGGCACCUGGCCCAUCAGCACCACUGCACCUGGACUUGGCCCAAGUGGGCAGGCUGAGGCUGGAGGGUGGCCCAGAAGCCCCAGAACACUCUCUAGAGGCUUCACACUCGCCGCUCUAUGCUGACCCCUAUACCCCACCUGCCACUUCCCACCUCAAGAUCACAGAUGUCCAGGGCUUGGAUGAGUUCCUCAGUGUGAUGCAGAGCUCACCUGGACCUGAGCCUUCAAGCCCAUUCCCCUCGGUCCCUGUGUCUGUGCCUGUCUCAGACCCCAGCCUGUCCAGACUCUCCAGGUCUCCUGGACCUCCAGAUCACCACUUGCUUUCCAAGAAGGGAGCCUUGUGGUUCCGAGCCUCUCAGAGGCACCGAGGCUCCACCAAGGGCCGGGGCCUUCAGCCCUCAGACUCCCCUCAACUUGUCUCUCUUACCAGCGAAUGUUCAUCCAGCCCACCUCUCCCAGAUGUCAAGUCCCCCAUCUGGAACAAGACUUCAUCUCCUUCCAACCAGAAGUGCCCACAGCUCAGAAGGCCUGAGGCAGAGGCGGGGUUCAUCCAGUGGAUCUGAUGGCCCAUUGGCAGGGCUGCCUCUCAGAACCACAGCCUGCCAGUGCCAGCCCUGCCAGGGUAUCUGCAGUGCCCUCAGUACCCCAUUGCCCCACAUCACCUGUACAGUCAGGGUCUAACCCCAGCAGGCUAAGGGCACAUCCAAACCCUGAGGGCAGAGAAGCCCCCACCCCUGGCCCUGGCUCCCCAGCUUCACCAGCAGCUGUAGCAGCCAGGAAGAGAUGCCUUAUCCCUAGGGACACUGUGGUUAGUCUGGUUGACCACAGCCUAGGGAAGGACACUAGGGAGGUCCUGGGGAACCACAGGAGCCUCCCCAGAUGGAGGGGACCUGAAGAGAAAAAUGGCUGGAGUGGAAGUGGUGUGGAUGUGAAGAUCAGAGGGCUGAGCAAGCCUGUGAGGGUCAGAGUAUGUGAGGUCUGAGGGCACACGGGUCAGAGGUCAACAAGGUGUGAGUUUCAAGUGCAGAAGUAUGAGUACGAGUACAUAGCAAGAAUGGUGAGAGAGUCCUAUAUUGCUGGCUGUGUAGGGAAGGGCUGGUUAGAGACACUGAUGCCAUAAACAAGAAAGGGGAGUUUUUAUUGGUUUUGAGUCUCUAUGUUCUUGCUGAGCAGUAAGGGGUUCUCACCAUCCUGGGGACCCUGAGUUCUGCCUCCUGAAUCCACCCACUGCUCUUUCACCUUGGGUCUUUCACCUACCUCUCUGCCCAUCUCUGACUCCUGGGACCAUCCUAAGAGCCCAGUUCUUCCAUCUGAGGCCACCAAGUUCUCUGUAUCCUUGACUAUGGCUCCCUAGAGGAGCCCAGACCCUGCCCACUGUCCCACCCUGUAGAGACUGCAGGAUCUGCCUUGGAGGCAUCCUUUGGGCACCUGCUCAUUGACUCCAGCGGGCACUCAGCCGGGUCUUGGCCAUAGACCUCAGGCCUUAGGGUUCAGAGGGGCCUGUGAGGUCCUUGCCAUCCUAACCUAUAAUGCACAAGGUGUAAUCCCUGGAAAACCACUCCCACCACCUUCUAUGCCACCUAGUGUCCCCAUCCCAGGCCCACUAGACCCAGUGGGACCUUGCUGCUCUCUGACACUCCUAAUUCCAGGGCCCUUUCCUGUAACACAUUCCACCUAUGUAUCCGACCAGAUGAAAUAAAGGGUAUCCAGUUAAGUUAGAUUUCAGAUAAACAACAAGGAAUUUCUUAGUACAAGUAUGUCUCAAAUAUUACAUCUGAAAUCCAGCUUUAACUGGGUGCCUUGUGUUUUAUUUGCUAAUGUGGUACCUAUUAACUAGCUCCUUGCUCAUCCUCUACCCACCCAGAAUUACAAGUCUCCUCUCCCCUCAGGUGUGGGUAAUGACCCUGACCUUGGCCCCUGGCUGGCCCCUCAUGUGGGGUCCCAGGGAGCCAGCAACCAAGGACACUGGUUCCUUCCUGCAUACUGUAGAAGUCCGGGGUUCCAGGCUAAGGAGGAGGGCAGCAGUUCAUCCUGGACAUCUCUGUUCAUCUCCUUGUCUUGAGUCUUCCUAGACCAGGCCUGGUC